CACCACCAACACGAGUCACUUCAUCCAGCCCGCGCCACCUACUCACUUACGCACCUUUCUCCCACUCCUUUGUUCCAACAGCCGCCAUGGUGUUCGUUUCCAAAUUCGUACUCUCGCUCUGAUAUGUUUUCCGUCGCCGAAAUUUUUCAUGUCCUAAAAGUUCUCUUUACCCCGUCAUGUCUGCAAAACAACAACACAAAGAAGAAGGCGAACUCCGCAAGCGCGGCGCCGCGGCGGCGGCGGCAGCAGCAGCAGGAGGACCUUCCACGAAGGCCACACCCGCCAACUCUGGUUCCUCAGCAGCAUCCGCCGCCGCAGAUGAGCAAGAUGGGAACGGUCGGAUGAGCGUCGCCGAGAUUGGCCGCAUCGUCGUGGCAGGGCUGCUGCUGGUCAUGGCCCUGUCGUGGUUGAUCACGGGCGAGAGCUUGGUGUGGAACUGGCGGAAGCUGCCGACGCUGCUCGGCUCCGCGAAGCUGUAUUUUAAAGGCCCCAUCUUGCUUACGGACGAGGAGCUCGCUCUCUACAACGGCACGGACCCUUCUCUUCCCAUCUACGUGGGCCUGAACGGCAGCAUCUACGACGUCUCCGCUGCGCCGUCCACGUACGGUCCCGGGGGCGGCUACUCGUUCUUCUCGGGCAAGGACGCCACCCGGGCGUUCCUCACCGGCUGCUUCCAGGAAGACCUCACGCCCGACAUACGCGGCGUCGAGGAGAUGUUCAUCCCGCUCGACGAUCCGGACGAGGAGGCGGAGCUGACGAAGGCGGAGAAGAAGAUACGCAGAGAACGAGACGUGCGCCGCGCCAAAAAGCAGAUUCAGGGAACCAUUGCUCACUGGGCGUCGGUCUUCUCCGGCAAGACCGGAAGACCCUAUUUCUACGUGGGCGAAAUCAAAAGGGAGCCCGGAUGGUUGGACAAGCUGCCGAAGAGGGAGUUGUGCGCUCUUGCUCAGCAAGGCCGCCCAAAGAGGGGCGACGUUGACAAGCCACCCGAGUACAAGAGAGGAACUGCGAGACCAGGCACGUAGCACGUUUGUCAUCUAAAACGUAGCACGGAAGACUUGGAAGGGGCUGAUGGAUGGAAGCGAUGCAUUGGCAUUAUAUGCGCUGCAGUUGCUUGCCGGAUUGUUUCUAUACGCUGAUGCAAACGUGUGUUGCCAUCCAGCUAGACAAGAAGAUACAUGACAUGCUCAGACGCCUUGACCCAUGAUUUCCAUAUAUGCCACGACGAGCUCUUGAAACAUCCGUACAUCGAGCCUUUUUGUUCUCAACCGCUUGGAUCGAGUUCUCGAUAGCCCUAUGCAUUCCAAUCCGCUGCUUAAUCAGCACCGCCCACCGCGCGCGCUGCAUCAACCGUUAGUGUCUCGCCUUCACAUCACAUUUCUGAGCGCAAUUAACAGCGCCGCGAAGAAGGGAAGGGUGCGGGAGA